AUGCCUUUCAAAAGUCUGCGGCCAGAAGAGCGGAGCAAUGCAGUGGCAACGCCCUUAUCAGCUGCUGCUCGCAAUUUUUACAGUGAUAAACAGUCCAGUGUCUACACCACGGCUUCCAACGCAAGUGUCCAAAAAGACCUGACGCGACACGCCCUCGAGCUCCUGCAAAUGGAGUCGAAGCCAUCAAACGAAUGGACCACCAAGGACGACGAGGAUGUUUUUCUGCUAUUAGAGUUGGGAGCAGGAUCAGGUCUGAGUACACGGGCAGCUCACUACUGGUUUAACGAUAAAAAGCUGGAAGUUUUCAUCCUGGCUCUCGACAUCAGUGCUGCAAUGCUGUCUCUAGCGUCGCAGAGUCAACGACUCGAAGCUGUAGCAACUCGAGCGUGGACGGACUUUUACUGUGGAAACGCUGCACAGAAACUACCACUUCGAAGCGACGUCCUGGACGGUGCCAUUGGCAUCUCGAUGCUGCAAUGGCUGCAACCAGAGGGACCGGAGAUCUGUUUCUCGUCGCUGUUCAGGCAACUGGCUUCGAGUCACGAUACGCGAGCAGUUUUUCAGGUCUAUCCCUCCAAUUUGGCAUGCAUUGACAUGAUGGAACAGACAGCUCUGCGUGUGGGAUUCAGUCGGGCAGAGACGUUUGUGUCUUUUCCACACUCGACCACGGCGAAGAAGUGGUUCUUCUGUGUCGAAAAGCGCCGGAGUGUGGCAGCUGUGGAUGAACAAGGGGCUCUAGAGAGGUCUGAAAUGUGUCUGUUUGCGAGACGAUAUGACCGACGUUGCGUGUUGCAGUGGCUCGGGAAGGAAUGUGGAAAUGUGCAUGAGAUCCGAAAGCGGGUCGAAAUGGAGCACGUGAAAACGGCUUGGCAUAUCUGGCGGAAGUAUCGACGGUCGGUUACGAAUGAUCGAACUGCAGCCACGCUAGCGCAAACAGCGAUAGCAAUGCAAGCAAAAGCUCAGCAAUCGCUCGAGUUGUAUCCGAGUGACAAAUAUAUCGGUCAGGCUCUCCAGCUGCAGUUUGAAGCGAGAGCAGGACGUAUCUCACUCGCCUUCCUUCUGAAGCAUGCAGCAGAAGUGGUCGACGUAUUGCACACAGCUUAUACAGAGGCUAGAAAGACCGAGGUUGCCCACGAACACUGCGAUGAGAAACGAUAA